CGUACGACACAGUCACGUGAUACGAUUUGAAAUUAAACCUCGAGUCACUCAACAACAACACCACCGCUGUCAGCGCUUUGUUGAAGCUAGCAAGAAUAUUUAAUGAGAAACCUUCGCUCAGGAUGGCUGUAAGACUUGAAAAAUCUCAGGGCCUGAAGAUGGAUGAACUGUCUUCACACACUUGGAGUGCUCUGGGCAUCCAGGUGGAGGCUGUGGCCCCGUUCCAGAAAAGCCAGACUCAAGAAGGGCUCAGGGGUCAAAGGGAGGAUAACCUGGAGAUCAUGUACAAUAAAGAUCAGAUUUACCAAGGAGACGUAGAGUUCAGCAUCGAGGAGCUCCGUGCGCAGCGCUACUACAAGGCUAUGAGAGAAAAAGCUUCACACCUGAACAAAAUGAAGCAGGACUUGCAGCUACAGAUCGAGCAGGCACAGAGAAAACUUCACCAGAGAAGCAGCACGGCGGCUCCACAGCAGCGCUUUCCUGAAGACAAAAGAGAGGCCAGUUCUUCCAUCCAGAGACCUACAGGUUCAUGUGAAUCUGCUGCUGAUACAGUGAAAUCUGCUCCGUUGGUGAUAUACAGUGAGCAGGAAGAAGGAUGUGCGGUUUCCAGUAGCAGUUCAGUGAGUCGAGAGGACGAUAUGAAUCAAAGUGGAAGUGAUGCAAAACUGCAGAAAACAGCAAAACCUUUCACCAUUUAUGAUGAGAGUACACAGACGAACAAAAUUAGCAGUUCGGUGAGUCGAGAGGACGAAAUAAAUCAAAGUGGAAGUGACGCAAAACUGCAGAAAACAGCAAAAACUUUCACCAUUUAUGAUGAAAAUUCACAGACAAACAAAAUUAGCACUUCAGUGAGUCGAGAAGACGAUAUGAAUCAAAGUGGAAGUGAUGCAAAACUGCAGAAAACAGGAACAGGAAAGCCUUUCACCAUGUUUGAGGAUAAUGCACAGACAAGCAAAACGUCCUCUUCUACAAACCGUAAAUCUCUAAAGCUGCCCACAUUGAGUCUGAAAGCACCGAAGUCUAAAGCAGAGCUGGUCACAGACAAAGACGCCUCCAUCUCUCGCUCAGAGGAAGCCAUCAUUAAUGGUCACAGGAAUAAGACUCUGUGCCGCAGUCCAAAUGACACGUGUGAAUUUGCUCGCGCAGCUCAGCUCGCGUCCAGUCCGUUUGCAGGAGUCGACAGGCAGAAAACACCAGAAACGGGGCUGAUGGAGAAUCUGAGCCCAGCAGAUCCUGAAAGCACUAAAGCUGCAAACAUUAAUGAAACGCCAGAGGAGAAAAAGCUCAGUCCUAUCCUGGAGAUCAGUCAGGAGUGGGGCGGCUCUACUUUUUGUCAGGAUCCCACGAAACGCUUGAAUGAUGCAGAGAGCAGCCGAUCUGCGGAGAGACCAGAGACUGAGCUGGAGAACGUCAGUAAAUGGCAGGAUGUCUGCAGUCUGCAUGUGAGAUCCAGGAUCUUCGACCAAUCAGAUGUGACGUCCUUGCCCAACUUCCACAGGAAAGCUGGACUUCUGCCUGACACCAGCGAUGAUCUGCAUCUCGAUGGAGAGCAGCUUUUUUACUGUAGUAAACUGGGAUCAGUGAAGGACUUCAGCCUGUACUCAUCUGGAACUGCUGCUGUCCUGCUGAAGACUGACAGGUCUUCAGUGCCGUGGGAUUUCUUCAUCAUUUCUCAGCUCAGAUCUCGAGGCUGCUGUGAUGAACAGGGCUGUGACGUCCAGAUAUCCUGCCAUAUGUUUGAGAACGGCAGUGUUACUCUGUGGAGGAUUCCUCACGGGGACACCCUGCAGGAUUUGCUCUGUGAACCCUUGGCCAGACAUGAUGCUUGUCUGCUGGUGAUUCUGCUGCUGGAGCUGGUCAGAUGCUUUCAUUCCUGCCGGCUGCUGCAUGGGGGCCUGAAACCGGAGUCGCUCUACUUUUACCACAGUGGACUCACAGCUCUGGAUUUCUCAGACUCUGUGGAUCUUCAUCUCCAGACUGACGUCACAGAAGCUCAAGAUCUUCCUUCAGCACAGCAGUUCAUCCAACAGGGGCUUCUGGCGCCGUCAGCAUCACCUUACCAGGUUGAUCUGAUCAGCGUGGCUGAAAUCACACACCGCCUGCUGUUCAACGCUCCUCUGCAAGUGAAGCUAGUGGAUUCAGUCUGGCGUCUGGACGAGGACUCUGCAUCUCAGCAUGGUUGUCCUGUGGAGCCGCUCUGGAGGGAGUUUUUCCACAUGAUCUUGAAUCCAGAAAAAUCUUCAGAGCUUGUUUUGUCCGACCUCAUCAAUAACGUGAAGAACAGCUUAUAAAAAAUAACAUGUUCAGUAUUACACUGUAAAAUAAUCUGCUUUUGUAUGUGCAUUAGAUAUGACGGCUAUUAAAUUAAUAUUAUAUAUUGCUCUUUAUACACAUUAAUAAACAAGUUUCACUACACAGG